AGAUGAUCCUGCUGCUGCUCAUGCUGUUCAUGAGGAAGCGCGUGGCGUUGACCGUGGCUCUGUUCGCCGUGGCGGGGAAGGUCUUCGUGCAGCUGCCGCUGCUCUCGCUGCAGCCGUUCGUCACCUUCGCCGCGCUGCUGCUGUUCUGGAGCUACUGGAGCCUCACGCUGCUGUUCCUGGGGACCAGCGGGAACCCGGUCCAGAACGAGGAGACGGGUCUGACGGAGUUCCGGCUGACUGGUCCCCUUCAGUACCUGACCUGGUACCACGCGGUCGGGCUGGUCUGGAUCACAGAGUUCAUCCUGGCCUGCCAGCAGAUGACCGUGGCCGGCGCCGUUGUCACAUACUACUUCACCAGGGAUAAGAACCGUCUCCCGGUGACACCAAUCCUGUCGUCGGUGCUGCGGCUGGUCCGGUAUCACCUAGGAACCGUUGCUAAGGGAGCCUUCAUCAUCACGCUGGUCAAGAUCCCCCGACUCAUCCUCAUGUACCUGCACAACCAGCUCAAAGGAAAGAGGACAAAGAGAGAAUGGAGACCGCUGGAGGACCGGAGCAGCACCGAUCUGCCCUGGUUCCUGCUCUUUGCUGUCUUCUGCGUCGGCAUGGGCAGCAUCUGUGGCUUCAGCGUGGUGACGGGCGGCGCCGCCCGCCUCGUCUUCGGCUACGACAGCUACGGGAACACGUGCGGUCGCCGCAACGAUCCGAUCGAAGGGGUCCGGCUCAGCGGCCUGGACCACACCGACAGGAAAUCUGGACUCUUCCUGUCACUUCCUGUUUGUGUGCAGGAGUUCGUGGAGAGCAGCCGGCGGUUGGGGCGAGCGGCAGAGCGGGGAAGGAGCCGUGUGAAGGAGGCGGCGGCGGCGGCGGGGGGGGCGGAGAUGAAGCCCAUGGUGAGUCACAGCAGCUGUGGCGUGGAGUCGGUGGGGGUGGGGCUGGGCGGCGGCGGCGGGGAGUGGGAGGAGCUUCAGGAGUUCCAGGUGUACUACCUGCUGCUGGGCGUUGUGCUGGACUGGGCGCUGGCGCCGCCAGGCGACGGAGGGGGCUUGGCGCUGUGUCUUAGCGAGGACGUGGUGCUCUUCCUCUGCAUCUACCUGCCCACCUCCACGCUCUUCCUGUUCGCCAGCCUGCUGCACGCGCCAAGCCCCGCCCCUGGCACGCAGAGCGCCCAAUCAGCUGCUGCUGCCGCCACAAGCUGACACGCAGAGACGCCUAACGCAUGCUAACUGAAGCACAGAAACGCCUAACGCGUGCUAACUGAAGCACAGAAACGCCUAACGCAUGCUAACUGAAGCACAGAAACGCCUAACGCAUGCUAACUGAAGCACAGAAACGCCUAACGCAUGCUAACUGAAGCACAGAGAC